GUGGCGGAUCGAUGCUAUGGCGUGACAUACACGAACAAGACGAGUAGCAUCGACGUAGUGGAUCGCGAGGAUGCGUUAGGGUUCGUCGAAGGGAUGCAGAAGUGAUCAUGUAGUGUAAGAUGCGAGUGUGAUGGGGUUCGAAGUACCUGCGUGUCUUUCGUCGCGAUCAGAGGCGCUGGCGUUAUGAUAAUACCAAUGCGUUUCAUCUGUUCACUCAUCUUUUUACUCGCUAUGUUGGCGCGUUAUUCGCUCGUGUACUUGCCUUGCCUUACUCACCUCACCACGUACCCGCUGUCACCAACUCCCACUCCAGCCCUACCCACGCACUCAAGACUUCGAAUCUCGAUGCCGUCGCCAAUGGCAUUGAAGAACUUUCCUACUCAAGUCGCAGAGGGACGUUCGAGACCGCCGCCGUGCAGAAGUCAGGAUGCUGUUCUGACACGAAGCGAUCGCACAUUGUACAUCAGGCGAGGGUCUGGAACGCCGCGGUGCAGGACUGGUGGGGGGUUAGCGAACUGGAGGUCAGGGGAUAGCAAUAAGAGAGAGACUAGAGUCAUUGCUGAUAUCGGUGAUGAUGGCGAUGCGGUGCAGGAGAUGGUUACAUGUGUUAGAGGCCUGAGAGACGCCUGAAGCCGACCCGAGUUGCAGGAUGCAACAGGUGCCUCCUGCUGCUAAAAGUAGAAAGUGCCCCGGUUCUGAGCUUCGCGAUUGGGGGCUGCAGAGCUCAAUGCUUAAC